GGGUCCGGGAUGCCGGCAGCGGCGCCGGCGAGGAGAUCCGGCGAUCGGGGCCUCGAAUUGAGAGCGGGAGGGAGGGACAGCAGCCGCGCGUGGCGGCGGUGGCGGCGGCUCUUUCUCUUCGCGUCCGUUUGUAUCGAUGAUACCGGGCCCACAGCCCCCUCCUCAUGCUUCUCCGGCUCCGAUGCAUUCCUCCCCCUCCGCCACGCCGCGCCAGGAGCUCCCCGUGGAGAUCGUCAGCGACGAGGAGAUGGCGUUCAUCGACGCUGCGCUCGCCGCCGCCGCCGCGGGGGGCCGCCCCCUCGUCUCCUCAACCGCCCGCCGCGCCGCCGCCCAGCUCUCCUGCGCGGCCCACUCCGCCGCCGGUGGCGAUAUUGAGGACUCCCCUGUGCCGCGGAGGUCGCUUCUCGCCCGAUUCCGGGAGCGCCGCGCGCUCGCCGUCACCGACAUUACUGCAACGGAAUGGUGCGAGAAACAGAUGGAGUUCAUGCUCGAACACGGCAAGCCGGAGAGGACCGAGGCCAUGAAGGCAGGUUUGGAACGCCAUGCGCAGCUCGAGCAAGAGGUUGUUGAAAGAGUGGAAGUCGCCAUUAGGUCUGAGGAAGAAUUAUGGACAGUAAAAUUCAUGAACUUCAUAAUGGGAACAAACCAGUUAAUGUUCAAGGGCAUCACAAGGGAAAUUCCAGUGAUUGGGGUUGUUGAAGGUUCAUGGAUGAUAGGGAUUAUUGAUGAAAUCCGAAUGCCCAUUGAUGGCAUUUCACUUCAACCCAUUCUGGUAGAUACAAAGACACGUGUCAGGCCAACAAUUCCCUCAGAAGCACAAAAAAGAAAUGGAAGGCUCCAGCUGAUGUGUUACAAAUAUCUGUGGGACAAUUUGAUUGCUGAGAAAUUUCCAGCAGAGAAUUUCUUCAGCUAUUUUGACCUGGACCCCAACUACUUGUUGUCAGAUGAUAUCAGGCAGUACAUUAGCUCACUAGGAUUCAAUGCAAAGACCUUUGAAGAUGUGUUGAAAUAUUUCAAGGCUACCUGCCAUACUCUACCGCGGUCUGGAGAAUCGCUGCUCUUGAGAUAUGAACUACAGUCAGACCAUUCUCUGCUUGAAGAAUACCAGUUCACUUAUGAUGCUAGUUGGUUCAAGGAUCAAAUCCAGCAAGUCCUAAGCUUUUGGCAAGGAUCACGGGAAACUAAAUUUGUCACUGAAGAGGAGAGGUGGAAAUGCAGUUUCUGCAAAUUUGCGUCAAAAUGCCCGAUGAUCGCUUCCACAUCAAGGUGUUGACACUAACCAAAAAAUGCUCAGAUUUGGUUGGAGCUUGGUGAAUUAUUUGACACUGAGCUGAAGGACCAAAAGUAGUACUGUUGAAUGAAUACUUGAAAUGCCUUGCACAUUCUUUUGUUUGUUCUUUUUUCUUCUCGGAUUAAGAAAUGUGACUUUGUUUCACAUAUUAUUGAUUGGCGAUAGAAUUCUGUUCUUGGUGACUUGUUGUACAUAUGAAACGAAGAAAUCACUUUCUGGAAUUUUAUUUUGAGGGAUUUGAAUUUGGA